AUGGAAGAAGCCCCCGAACGAACGAACGGCAUGGUGAUGGCACAGCCACAGACGACGCAGCUGCUGCUGCACGGGGUGAUCGAGGCCAGGAUCCUGGAGGCCGACCUGUCCGUCACCACAGACGGUCAGCUGCAGCCGAGCAAGAAGACCUUGAUGAAGAAGAAGGUGUUCUCAUGGAUCAGGAAGCUGACCUUCUGCAAAGGCCAGCAACAGCUGGAGAAUGCCAUCGGCCUGGGCACGGAUGGCAAGCUGUACGCGACGGUGGACAUCGACAAGGCGCGCGUGGGGCGGACGCGCAUGGUGCCCCCCGUCCACUCCCCCAAGUGGGACGAGUCCUUCCACAUCUACUGCGCACACGACGCCAGCAACAUCAUCUUCACCGUCAAGGCCGACAACGCCAUCGGCGCCACGCUCAUCGGCCGCGCCUACCUGCCCACGGAGGGCGUCGUCGCCGGGCAGAAGGUGGACCUGUGGCUCCCCAUCCGCGACGAGAAGCGCCAGCCGCUGGAAGGCGGUGACCAGAUACGCGUCCAGCUCCAGUUCACCAACGUCGCCGCCGACCCGACCGCCGGCUGGGGCACCGGGGUCGGCAGCGCGGCGUACGGCGGCGUGCCCUACACCUUCUUCAAGCAGCGCCGCGGCUGCCGGGUGCGGCUGUACGAGGACGCGCACGUUGCCGGCGACUUCGCGCCGCGCAUCCGGCUUGCGAACGGCAGCUUCUACGAGCCGCGCCGGUGCUGGGUGGACGUGUUCGACGCGAUCAACAGGGCCCGGAGGAUGGUGUACAUCGCCGGGUGGUCCGUGAACACGGACGUCGUGCUGGUGCGCGACCCGCAGGAGCCGUCGGCGUCGUCCGAGAAUCUCGGCCAGCUGCUCAUCCGGAAGGCGAACGAGGGCGUCACGGUGCUGAUGCUGGUGUGGGACGACCGCACCUCGGUGGGGCUCGGCCCCAUCAAGCGCGACGGGCUGAUGGCCACGCACGACCAGGACACGGCGAGCUACUUCCGCGACACGCGCGUGCAGUGCGUGCUGUGCCCGCGGAACCCCGACAAGGACCGGAGCUACGUGCAGGACAUCGAGACGGCCACCAUGUUCACGCACCAUCAGAAGACGGUGAUCGUCGACGGCGGCGGCAGGACGGCGCCGGAUUCGCCGCCGGGCCUCGUGAGCUUCCUCGGCGGCAUCGACCUGUGCGACGGGAGGUACGACACGCAGGAUCACCCGCUGUUCCGCACGCUCGGCACCACGCACAACAAGGACUUCCACCAGCCCAACUUCCCCGGUGCGUCCAUUAGCAAGGGCGGGCCGAGGGAGCCGUGGCACGACAUCCACUGCCGCGUCGAGGGGCCCGCCGCGUGGGACGUGCUGGAGAACUUCGAGCAGAGGUGGAAGAAGCAGGGCAAGGGCGACAACAUGCUGGUGGCUCUGAACAAGGCGUGGGCGGAGCGCGAGGCAGCCCCGCAGGGCGACGCCGAGUCUUGGAACGUGCAGGUGUUCCGGUCCAUCGACGGCGGCGCGGCGGCGGGGUUCCCGGAGGGCUCCGCGGACGCGCCCCGGGAGGCGGCGGCGCUGGGGCUGGUGAGCGGCAAGGACCACGUGAUCGAGCGCAGCAUCCAGGACGCGUACAUCAACGCCAUCCGGCGGGCGCGGGACUUCAUCUACAUCGAGAACCAGUACUUCCUGGGGAGCUCCUACGCAUGGCGGCAGAACGACGGCGUGACGGUGGAGGACAUCAACGCGCUGCACCUCAUCCCCAAGGAGCUGUCGCUCAAGAUCGUCAGCCAGAUUGAGGCCGGCGAGCGGUUCGCCGUCUACGUGGUGGUGCCCCUGUGGCCGGAGGGCGUGCCGGAGAGCGGCUCCGUGCAGGCCAUCCUGGACUGGCAGCGCCGCACCAUGGAGAUGAUGUACAGGGACGUCACGCUGGCCAUUCGCGCCAAGGGGCUCCAGGCCGACCCCAGGGACUACCUCACCUUCUUCUGCCUCGGCAACCGCGAGGCGCCAAGCCCCGGCGAGUACGUGCCCCCGGAGCACCCGGACCCCAACACCGACUACGAGAGGGCGCAGCAGGCCAGGCGCUUCAUGAUCUACGUCCACGCCAAGACCAUGAUAGUGGAUGACGAGUACAUCAUCGUGGGAUCGGCGAACAUCAACCAGCGCUCCAUGGACGGCGGCCGCGACACCGAGAUCGCGAUGGGCGCGUACCAGCCGGGCUACCUGGCGACCAGGAACCGGCCGGCGAGGGGCCAGGUCCAUGGCUUCCGGGUCUCCCUGUGGCAGGAGCACCUGGGCCAGGCGGCGGCGGCAGUGGGCGGCGAUCUCCUCCAUCCGUCGAGCCUGGCCUGCGUGCGCCGGAUGAACCAGGUGGCGAAGCAGCACUGGGACAUGUUCGCGAGCGACACGUUCCAGGGCGACCUCCCGGGCCACCUCAUGGCGUACCCGGUCAGCGUGCUCGACGACGGCAGCGUCGUGGCGACGACGGAAUCCUUCCCGGACACCGACGCCAAGGUGCUCGGCAACAAGUCCGACAUCCUCCCGCCCAUCCUCACCACAUGA